CGCGGCCGCUUCUUCACGCACUACAGCGCCGGCCCGUUUGGGAGUGUCGCGGAGUUGGAAGGGUGGUUCAACCACAAGCUGGACAUCUGUAAGCAGGUCCGCAAGGCAGCUCCGAAUGUCCCGGCGUUCCGGUUUCGGCAGUUGGAGCUCGUGCAUCAGGACAUCAGUCCCCGGAAUCUGGUGCUGGAUGAGGCGGGAAACGUGUGGCUGGUGGAUUGGGCGGAUGCCGGGGCGUAUCCGCCGGCGUUUGAGACGGCGGCGUUGCUGGCGCAG